AUGAUUGACGAUGCUAACUUUGUCGGCGGUCGUCUGCGUCUUACAGCCUUCCUACGUGUCGUGGAGGGCGACAUUGCACAAAGUCCUUCGCGCCUCAAGCGACGUGCAGCACCUAUCAAGCAGCCUGAUAGUAUUGAACCCAACCCAAUUGGAGCUCCGCACCCAAGUGAUUCCAUCAUCUUCAACGCGUUUGAAAACAGACAAGAAAAUGUAUCGGCAGAAGUUUUCGCACAUGCUGGGACUAUAUUCAACCUCCCACGCUCGCCAACUACAAUAGGCUUGGGCUCUGGCUUACAGAAUGGAAAAGAUACAAAGAGUUUCGAUAGUCGACGCACACCAGCAAAAGCCACUAAAGCCACCAAGAAGCAAAUUGCCAGGAUUGCCAAAGUCAAGGAGUCGUUCAGCACCUAUCACAAACCUCAAGAGAAACGGAAGAGGCGACUACCGGGGAAGGGGCUCACUUUGUUUCGGACGACCACAUCGGAUGGCGGUCUACCUGAACCAGGUGAUGCACAUGAAGCUUCUCCCCUGGCCAUUGGAGAUAUGGAUCCCAUCAACGACAGCCAAAUGAAUGCCUCUGGACAUCUAAGCAAGCAGCUACCUAUUUGUAAGGCUACCUUAAGCAAUGAUCGCAGAUCGCACCUACACACCUCAUACCCAUUCGAGCAAAUAGCACGCUCAAUAACAGCAACAACAACAACACCGCGGCCUUUCUUACCUCCGAUCAAAUCUCAGCAGCACUACCGUGCAGGACUUGAAUUUGUGGCCGAUGGGUUCGAAGCGCAUGAGCUCAAACUAAGUCCACCAAGAAGGCCGCGUCGGAGGGAGAGGACUGUACGAAGACAAACCAAGACAAUUACCAUGGUCAAUGGACUGAUUCUGGCUGGCAGCUUACUCCCCCCACCUGGCCUUCAAGAUGUCGAUAGCUUUGUUCCUCAGGGCGACAGUACUGGCCGAAGCCGACGAGUUAUCAACACGGUCGAGUCUCCAUUAGCUGCCGACGACUGUCCAGAUCAAUCCAUUGAAUUAAGGACAUCGGUGACAAAUGACCAAGUUCAGUGUCAACAGGCAAAACGAUCGGAGCGUGCAGUCAACAGCCAGUUGGCUAGCAUAACAGCUCCUGUCCGGCGCGAUACCGAGAGUUCGGAAAAUGACACCUCCAGUGAAGAAUGUUCUUUGGGCAGUGAUCCAGAGGAUGAAGUUUCUGUGAAAGAUGGGCGCUCAUAA